AUGCACUCUCACGGCAGGCUUACUAACAAGAACACAACGCUGCAGCUCCUCACGCUCGUCACCAUCACGGCGCUCGCCCUCCUCACCCCGACUGUCGCAGCGCCAGUCGAGGCCACCGCCGACGACGGCGUCACUAACGGCGGUAAAACGCCCGCGGCCGCCGUCGCCGCCAACUACGGCACGCCGCACUGCAAGUCGGCCGCGCUGCUGAAUCUCUGCACGGCAGACAAUGCCAACGCGUAUUGCGACGCGACGGGAUUCCACUGCGACUUUACGGCGAGCUGCAAAAAUGUCUGCUGGUGCGAGUAA